AUGGCUCCCUACCAAAAGGGUGGUCUCUUUUCUUUCUUCUCUGGUGGUGAUUAUGACCAAGCUAAAAAAAGACUGAAUAUUAAAGAAUACAAAAUUUUCCUCAAAAAAAAAGAUUUCCAAAAUUAUGACACGAAAUUCUUUAAAGCCUUAUUACCGCUACUAAAUAAAAACCGAACUGAAUUUUCGGUUCCUCCGGGUAAAAUCCCCGUUCCCAAUGCCUUAAAAGAUGUUAUCAAGGAUAAAUUCUUUAUCGUGGAAGAGAAAAAACUACCUACUUUCUGGCAGAAAGUUAAAAGAAAAGAGGCCGAAACCGACCCUUAUUAUUUUGUGGAACAAUUUUUCAAAGAAGGGAUUGUGGAACAAGAAAUUGACACCUUUGAAGAGCUUUGUGAAGAACUAAAACCCCAUUUUCCCGGUCGGAAUGCUUCCACCGGCAGAGAUGCUAUGAUUUACAAGUCUUUCAAUACUUACACCGAAUUAUUUAUCGAAGCGGUGCAUCUGUUUGCUGACCAAUACGAAAGAUUACGCGGUUUUGGUGGUGGCUCUUUUGAACAAUUAUUUUCCUCCGUCCGGUUAGGUUUAUAUAGUGCGGUGGAAAAUUGCGUCCUGAGUCGAGCCGGUUUAAAUUAUCCUGACCUCACCAAUGACCCCUCUCCUCGCUUAAAUGCGGUUAAAGAAUAUUUAAAAAAAGUCUACACUUUGCGAGUUCGCUUUCAAGUCUUUGAUGUUUUUAUCCGCUUAGAUUGGUUGCCCAAAGAUAUUCCUGGUGGUCUUACUGAAAAGUUUGGUGGAAAUGGAGACCAAAUCUUCCAAAAAAUUUUUGCGACCGUAGUAGGAGGCAACCCCAAUGACAAUCCCAUUAAUUUAGAAGAAGUCCCCUCCUCAGAUGAACAGUUAAAAAAAGACUUUGAAAAAAGUAAAGAACCAGUUCCCACGGAAGAAAGUAAAAAUAAUAAUAUACCACCAAAAAAAAGCAGUCGAGCCAGUUCUCCCAGCCGAAAAGCCACCGAGGAAGAAGCAGCAG